GUCAUGAUAAUUUAAUUAACCAAGUAACGAUAACCUUUACACUAAACAAUCUUGGUCCGCUGAUGAUUCUCUGUCAGGCAACGGUACAGUGGACAGUUAUAAUGUUGAAAUUAAUAUUAUUAGUUUUUUCUUUUAACCCUGUGUUUGGAUAUUUUACGUUAUCUGGAAGGUGUCCUGAUAAUGUCGAAUUACAGGAAGAUUUCAGAUUGGCUGACUUUUAUGGUAAAUGGUACCAAGCCUAUCACUAUUCAAGCGAUGGUCAACAACUUAACAAUUGUUCCACGAUCGAGCUCAUGACCAGACCUUCUGGGAUCUACGUCAACCAGUCCAGAGUGGACCUUGGGCUGUUCCAUCGGUUUAGUAUUGGAAAGUUGGAUAUACCAUCAAAUAUUGAAGACGCUGCGAAGUUAGAUCUCAUUUUUGUAUUUAAGAAUUCUCCAAGAAGAUUGAAGACGAGGAAAUAUCCAUUCCGUGUUCUAGCAACUAACUAUAACUACUACGCUACUGUAUACACCUGCCAAUACAGUCAGCUAAUUGACAAACAUGCAAUUUACGUCUGGAUUCUUUCACGGCAUCCUACUUUAAAUGCUGUAUCAAAGGAAUUAGCAAUUAAGCCUCUUCAGCAAAUUGCAGUAGAUACAGCCUCGCUAGUUAAAGAUGACCGAAGCAAAUGCGCUCCAAAGUACUAUGAAGAUGUUCAAGUGGAACCAACUACGUUUAGGUUUCCCGUGCCCAUUUAAGGCAUGAUAACUUUACAAUGUGUGUAUGUUUUGAAAAUUAUUAUGUAAUUUUAAAUAAUUUUUUAUCUGUAUGACUUAAAUUCAUUGAAAUUAAACCAUCAUCAAGAGAAAGCGA